AUGUAUCCUACACGUCAUCACAUUUCACUUGUUACAGAAAUAGUAAUUGGUUCAGAUGAGGUAGGCGUCACAGAAAUCGGACUGGAUGCCGAAGAAGUAUACAUAGUUCAAGGAUACAACAAAUCUAGAGAAACUGUAGAAUAUUCUAACAUCAACAAUGACACAGUACAAGAAUCUAAUGAUGAUGACAAUGAUGACUUGAGAACAUUUACUCUUCACAUACGGACUUACAGGAAAACUAUAUAUAGAACAUUAGCAAAUGGAACUGUUGUAGAAGACUUUACAUGCGUAGCUCCUAGUUCUGUAGAAGACUUUCCUGAAGACUUAUUCACUGAUGAGCAACUGGCGCAGGGUGCAAUAAUACUGCAUUUUAUUGCUGGCGUUUACUGCUUCACCCUUUUGGCUGUGAUAUGCAACGACUACUUUAUUCCAUCUGUGGAAUGUAUCUGCGAAGAUUUGCAUAUAUCGCCGAAUGUGGCAGCGGCUACUUUUAUGUCUGUCGCCACGUCCUGUCCGGAGCUUUUUGUGAACGUUAUAAGCACAUUUGUCACGGAGUCAGAUAUGGGUUUGGGAACGAUUGUGGGUUCGGCUCUCUUCAAUACCUUAGGCGUGGGUGCUCUGGGCGGACUUGCUGCAAGUAAGCCAAUUCUCAUGGAGCGAUGGCCUUUGGCACGUGAUUGCGUGAUCUACUCGGUGACGAUCGCGAUGCUGGUUGCGAUUUCUUGGGACGGAGUGGUCUUUUGGUACGAAGCAUUAGCACUACUCGUUAUGUACAUCUUCUACUUCGUUCUGAUGUUCCAGAACGACAGAAUUCAGAGAUCAAUCAGGAGACUAGCCACUAAGCUCUGCAGACAUAGUGCAGUCGAUAUCGGAGACGAUUGGGAUAAAAAUAACAAUGGUGAUAGAACUCCAACAAAUGGAUUGAGCAAUGAAUGUUUUGUUCAGACUGAAAAACCAAAUUCUAAUACCCACAAUGUACUAUCAGUUUAUGUCAUUCCUGUUGUAUGUAUUGAAGAUUCCGGAAAAUGCCAGGAAAAAUCCAAUUCGAUGGCAGAAAAUCAGAUAGAACUACCGCAUACAGAUGGAAUCAAAAUACGCAAAACUUUAUGGAAGAUCCCGACUGGCAAUAAUCUGAAGAAAAUAUGGUGGUUCUACACUUGGCCUAUUAAAAUGUUUUUGACUAUCACCGUGCCAAGCCCCAAAACGUGGAGAAAGCUUUAUCCAAUAACGUUUAUCAUGUGCAUCGUUUGGAUAGGUGUAAAUGCAUAUCUUGUUUUUUGGAUGGUCGCUGUGAUUGGAGUUACGUUAGGUGUACCCGAUUCUGUUAUGGGAAUGACAUUUUUAGCUGCCGGUGGAUGUCUUCCAGAAGCAAUAUCAAUAGUGAUAAUGUCACGAAAAGGAAAGGGUGGCAUGGGCGUAUCGAAUUCUCUCGGGGCCAAUACAUUGGCGGUAUUGAUGUCAUUAGGAAUGCCUUGGUUUAUCAAAACCAUCAAACACGGAAUUGGCAACCCAGCACAAGUUUAUAUCGAUUCCAGCGGCGUCGUUUACACUAUAAUUGGACUACUUUUAGCAAUCUGGUCAUUGUUCUCUAUACUUAGCAUUGGUGGAUACCAAAUGAGUAAAAAGACUGGAUUAUUCUUGAUGUUAACGUACUUAGUAUUUGUGAUCUUAGCGAUAUUAUCCGAAAUGGGUGUAUUUUUUGAACAGUGCUGA